UCGGCAAGAGCUGGUGGCAAUUCACUCUGAUUACCGUUAUUUAUUAUGCAUACGUGCUUAGACAGCUUGGCAGUUCUACGUUUGUAAUAGGCACUAGCUUGUAGUCUCUGACCUAGCGUCAGACUGUGUGAGUAGAAUAAUUCAGUUCUAUUAUCAUUGUUUAUGGUACAGUGAGGCUACUUAAUAUACUAUUGCACGGUAGCAGGUGUUGCGGGCUUAUCCUGGCGCGCUACCAUACUCAAGAAGCGAUGAUACCAUCUCCUUUUCUAACCCAUCUCCAGCCUUCAUCUCCAAGACUGAUCUUGUCUCCUUCAAGUUCCGUACAAUGUCAUCUUUGAUAUCUGUCAUGAAUGGAAGCUUUUGAUCAAAAAAGCAGAACGGAGGCAACUUCAAGAGAUUAGUCCAUACUUCUUUUGGAUCUAUUGACACAAUGAGGUCUCUUGAAAUGGAUGUGUCUGGAUGCUCAUUUAAUAGAAACUCUAGCGCUUCCUUUCCACCUGCAUUGCACGCAGCAGCUCGGACAACCUCAUCGGUGAUUGGUAGCGUAGGAUCUCUCUCAAGAAGAAACUCUAGCGCUCCUUUUCCAUGUGGAUUGCACGCAGCAGCUCGGACAACCUUAUCGGUGAUUGGUAGCGUAGGAUCUCUCUUAAGAAGAAACUCUAGCGCUCCUUUUCCAUGUAGAUUGCAUGCAGCAGCUCGGACAACCUCAUCGGUGAUUGGUAGCGUAGGAUCUCUCUUAAGAAGAAACUCUAGCGCUCCUUUUCCAUGUGGAUUGCAUGCAGCAGCUCGGACAACCUCAUCGGUGAUUGGUAGCGUAGGAUCUCUCUCAAGAAGAAACUCUAGCGCUCCUUUUCCAUGUGGAUUGCACGCAGCAGCUCGGACAACCUUAUCGGUGAUUGGUAGCGUAGGAUCUCUCUUAAGAAGAAACUCUAGCGCUCCUUUUCCAUGUAGAUUGCAUGCAGCAGCUCGGACAACCUCAUCGGUGAUUGGUAGCGUAGGAUCUCUCUUAAGAAGAAACUCUAGCGCUCCUUUUCCAUGUGGAUUGCAUGCAGCAGCUCGGACAACCUCAUCGGUGAUUGGUAGCGUAGGAUCUCUCUCAAGAAGAAACUCUAGCGCUCCUUUUCCAUGUGGAUUGCAUGCAGCAGCUCGGACAACCUUAUCGGUGAUUGGUAGCGUAGGAUCUCUCUCAAGAAGAAACUCUAGCGCUCCUUUUCCAUGUGGAUUGCAUGCAGCAGCUCGGACAACCUCAUCGGUGAUUGGUAGCGUAGGAUCUCUCUUAAGAAGAAACUCUAGCGCUCCUUUUCCAUGUGGAUUGCACGCAGCAGCUCGGACAACCUCAUCGGUGAUUGAAACUCUAGCGCUCCUUUUCCAUGUGGAUUGCAUGCAGCAGCUCGGACAACCUCAUCGGUGAUUGGUAGCGUAGGAUCUCUCUUAAGAAGAAACUCUAGCGCUCCUUUUCCAUGUGGAUUGCACGCAGCGACCUCAAUCACCUCUUGCGUGAUCUGGACGUCUGCGCCGCGACGGUCGAGAAGGAGUCUCAUAAUCUCCUUGCCAUUGCCUCCGUUCCCU